CAAGCUGGUUCCUGGCUUCAUACACUAUUCAGAAAGUACUCUUGAAAAUAGCAUGAGGAAUAUGAAAUAACCGAAAUAGUACCGAACUUUGGUAAUCGUUUUGUUUUUGGAUACUGGCAUGAUUUUUUGAGAGAGGAAAAUGCGUGAAUCUGAGCUUUAUGUCAAGUACACCCGGGUUUGGAUCCCUGACCCAGAAGAGGUAUGGAAGGGAGCUGAAAUCAUCAAAGAUUAUAAGGAGGGAGACUCCGUCCUUCACCUCCAAUUAGAAGAUGAAUCGACAUUAGAAUAUCCACUUGGUCCCAAAGACAAUCCGCUUCCAUUUCUUCGGAAUCCAGAUAUUUUGGUAGGAGAGAAUGACCUCACAGCUCUCAGCUACCUCCAUGAGCCCGCUGUGCUCCACAAUCUCAAAGUCCGUUUCCUGGAGUCCAAUCACAUUUACACUUACUGUGGAAUUGUAUUGGUGGCUAUCAACCCAUACGAACAGCUUCAGAUCUAUGGAGAAGAGGUCAUCAAUGCAUACAGUGGCCAGAAUAUGGGGGACAUGGAUCCUCAUAUUUUUGCUGUGGCAGAGGAGGCGUACAAACAGAUGGGCCGAGAUGAGAAGAACCAGUCGAUAAUAGUAAGUGGUGAGUCAGGAGCUGGUAAAACGGUUUCUGCAAAAUACGCAAUGCGGUUCUUCGCCACAGUGGGGGGUUCGGCCAGUGACACCAACGUUGAAGAGAAAGUACUGGCCUCCAGUCCUAUCAUGGAGGCCAUUGGUAAUGCAAAAACCACUCGAAACGACAACAGCAGUCGCUUCGGGAAAUACAUCCAGAUUGGCUUUGAUAAAAGAUAUCACAUCAUCGGUGCCAACAUGAGAACCUAUCUGCUUGAAAAAUCGAGAGUAGUGUUUCAGGCUGAGGAUGAGAGGAACUACCACAUCUUCUACCAGCUCUGUGCUUCAUCCUCUCUUUCAGAGUUUAAAGAUCUAGCUUUGACCAGUGCAGAAGAUUUUACGUACACCUCUCUUGGUGAGAACAUUUUCAUCGAGGGAGUGAACGAUGCUGAAGAUCUGGUGAAGACUAGAGAGGCUCUAACAAUGCUUGGCGUGAAGGACAUUCACCAAAUGAGCAUCUUUAAUAUAAUUGCCUCAAUCUUGCACCUGGGGAACGUGACAAUUGUGUCGGAGAGAGAUGGAGAAUCCUGUCAUAUUAACAAAGGUGACCCUCACCUGCAGCAUUUCACCCGGCUGCUGGGUAUAGAGCAGGACCAGAUGGAGCACUGGCUGUGUCGCAGGAAGCUGGUGACCACGGCCGAGACUUACGUGAAGAACAUGUCACAUGGCCAGGCGGUCAACGCCCGGGACGCUCUGGCCAAACACAUCUACGCCCACCUCUUUGACUGGAUCGUCGAGCACAUCAACAAGUCCUUACACACUUCCACCAAACAGCAUUCCUUCAUCGGGGUGCUGGAUAUCUACGGGUUUGAAACAUUUGAGAUCAACAGCUUCGAGCAGUUCUGUAUUAACUACGCCAAUGAGAAACUCCAGCAACAGUUCAACUCGCACGUGUUUAAACUGGAGCAGGAGGAGUAUAUGAAGGAGCAGAUCCCCUGGACGCUUAUAGAUUUUUAUGAUAACCAGCCAUGCAUUGACCUAAUUGAAGCCAAGCUUGGUAUCCUGGACCUUCUUGAUGAGGAGUGUAAGGUUCCCAAAGGAACAGAUAUGAAUUGGGCCCAGAAGCUGUACAGCAAGCACUCAGGCAGCGGACAUUUUGAGAAGCCCAGAAUGUCCAACAGCUCCUUCAUCAUUGUUCACUUUGCAGAUAAGGUUGAAUAUCAGUGUGAUGGAUUCCUGGAGAAGAACAGAGACACGGUUUAUGAGGAGCAAAUCAACAUCCUUAAGGCCAGCCAGUUCCAGCUGGUGGCCGAUCUCUUCCAUGAUGGUAAAGAAGGUACCCCUGUUCCAGCCUCCGGCAAGACCUCCAAAGUCAACGUUCGGCCUGCCAAACCCCAACCGAAAGGUCACAACCGCGAGCACAGAAAAACUGUGGGAACCCAGUUCAGAAACUCUUUACAUCUUCUGAUGGAAACAUUAAACGCCACCACCCCCCAUUAUGUGCGCUGCAUUAAGCCUAACGAUUUUAAGGAAUCUUUUGUAUUUGAUUCUAAAAGGGCUGUUCAACAACUGCGAGCAUGUGGAGUUCUGGAGACGAUCCGCAUCAGUGCUGCCGGGUAUCCAUCCAGAUGGACGUAUUUAGAUUUCUACAGCAGAUAUCGGGUUCUUAUGACAAAGAAGGAAAUGACCAGUGCAGAUAAGAAGUUGGUCUGUAGAAACCUGCUGGAGGCAAUGAUCAAGGAUCCAGAUAAGUUUCAGUUUGGAAAGACCAAGAUUUUCUUCAGGGCAGGUCAGGUGGCUUAUCUGGAGAAGCUUCGAGCAGAUAAGUUUCGCUACGCCUGCAUUAAGAUCCAGAAGACAGUCAGAGGAUGGCUACAGAGAAUUCGCUACCGCAAAAUCCGCAAAUCAGCCAUCACCCUGCAGAGAUACGGCCGGGGUUACAUGGCACGCAGAUAUGCAGAGAUGCUUCGUCUCACCCGUGCAGCUCUCAUUUGUCAGAAACGCUACCGGAUGGUUCGUGUUCGUCGGGAAUAUCUAAAAACCCGUCGUGCUGUGGUCACCAUUCAGGCCUUCGCCCGUGGCAUGUUUAUACGCAGACUGUAUCAGGAGUUUAUGCUUCACCACAAAGCCAUGAUCAUCCAGAAGACCGUGCGGGGUUGGCUUGUGAGGAAGAAGUAUCUCCGCGCCCGAAACGCUGCCAUCGUCAUCCAGUGUUUCUACCGCCGCGUGCGUGCCAAGCGUCAGCUCAAACAGCUCAAGAUAGAUGCCCGAUCGGCUGCACACUUAAAAAACCUCAACGUCGGAAUGGAGAAUAAAAUUGUUCAGCUGCAGAAGAAGAUGGAUAACAAGUCGAAAGAAUAUAAAACUCAAAAUGAGCAGCUGGCUGUUGCAAACACUGCUCUGGGAUCAGAGGUCAGUAAAUUGCAGAAAGAGCUGCAAACCCUUCGCACUCAGCAGACUGCUGGCACCUCACUGCAGGAUGAGCUUGAGCGGUUGAGGGCGGAGCUACAGGAAGCCCACGCCCAGAGGAAGCAGAUAGAAGAUGAGUUCAGCAAUGAGAAGCAAGAUCUCGAAAAGCGGGUAGAGGAGCUGCAGAAGGAGAACUCGCUUUUGAAGAAGGAGAAAGAGGAGAUGAACCAAAGGAUCCAGAACUCCACUCCGGGCAAGGGUGGAGAUGCGUCUAAGAAGGAAAGCCGUGUGCAGGCUGAACUGGAUGAAGAGAGAUUACGCUAUCAAAACCUGCUCAAAGAAUACUCCAGACUGGAGCAAAGAUAUGAAAACCUGCAGGAAGAGAUGUCCUCUGUUAAGUUUCAUCCCGGUCAUCGACGUAACCCCUCCAACCAGAGCAGUCUGGGCUCAGACUCCAACUUCCCAUCUAUCAGCAUGUCUGAUGUUGGAGACACUGAUGACACCAUCCAGCAAGUUGAGGAGAUGGGCAUAGAGAAGGCCGCCAUGGACCUCAGCGUGUUCAUGAAGCUGCAGAAGCGAGUACGAGAGCUGGAGCAGGAGAGAAAGAGGCUGCAAACCAGCCUGGAGAAAGUAGACGAUCUGAACAAACGCAAGAGUAAUGAGUCCAAUGGCUCUGCGUCAGAAGAGGAUAUAAAUGCAGACCUGGCCUACAACAGCCUAAAGAGACAAGAGCUUGAGACUGAGAAUAAGAAGUUGAAGAACGACCUGAAUGAGCUGAGAAAAGCAGUGGCCGUCAACGCCUCAGAAAACAGCUCGCCCAACGAGCUUCAGGAAGGCUAUAGCGUGCUGCUGAAUCAACUCAAAGAGGCCAAUGAGGAGCUGGAAGUGCGCAAAGAGGAAGUUCUUAUGCUUAAGACCCAGAUUGUCAACACCACAAAACAAUUAGAGAACACUAAUCACAUUAAUUCCAAUGACGUAUUAGAAUAUAACGACAAUAAGAACAAGAAGCCAGAGGACGUGGUGGAUGGCGAGUCGAAGAAGUUGCUGGAAGACCAGCUGAAGACGCAGUCUCGUAAACACAACGAUGAGCUGGAGGCUCUUCACACGCAGAUCGAAUUGAUGAGGAACGACUUGGAGACAAAGCAGGAGAUGCUUAACAACUUCUCCACCCUCUCUCCCGAGGCUCUGGUGGAGUUCAGCAUACAACAGGAGCUCACGCGUCUCACCAAUGAAAACCUGGAUCUCAAGGAAAUUAAGGAGAAGCUGGAGAAGAAUGAGAGGAAGCUGAAGAAGCAGUUAGGAAUCUAUAUGAAGAAAGUAAAGGAGUUGGAAGUGAGUCAGACCACCAGAAGCAGGCCAGAACUAACCAGACAGGUCACCGUGCAGAGGAAGGAGAAGGACUUUGAAGGCAUGCUGGAAUACUACAAAGAAGAUGAGGCCUUGCUGGUCAAGAGUCUGAUUACAGACAUGAAGCCCCAAUCUGUGUCAGCCACUGUCCCCUGCCUCCCUGCCUACAUCCUCUUCAUGUGCAUCCGUCACGCAGACUACAUCAACGACGACCAGAAAGUUCACUCACUCCUCACCUCAACCAUCAAUGCCAUCAAAAAGGUUCUGAAGAAAAACAACGAUGACUUUGAAAUGACCUCCUUCUGGUUGGCUAAUUCCAGUAGACUUCUUCACUGUCUGAAGCAGUAUAGCGGAGAUGAGGCAUUUAUGACUCAGAACACACCCAAGCAGAAUGAGCACUGCCUGAAAAACUUUGACCUUGCAGAGUAUCGGCAGGUACUGAGUGACCUUUCCAUCCAAAUCUAUCAGCAGCUCAUCAGAGUGGCAGAAGCAUUCCUGCAACCCAUGAUCGUAUCUGCCAUGCUUGAAAGUGAAAGCAUCCCGAGCCUGGCCGGGGUGAAGCCCAUGGGCUACAGGAACCGCUCCGCUAGUAUUGACUGUGAUAGCGGAGCUCCGGUGGGCUACACACUGCAGGCCCUGAAACGGCAGCUGGCGCAGUUUCACACCACCAUGGCGGACCACGGCUUGGACCCUGAGAUCUGCCAGCAGGUUAUUCGCCAGCUCUUCUACUCCAUCAACGCUGUGAGCCUCAACAACUUGCUCUUGCGCAAAGAUGUCUGCUCUUGGAGUACAGGCAUGCAGCUCAGGUACAACAUCAGUCAGUUGGAGGAAUGGCUGAGGGAAAGGAAUCUGCAUCAGGGUGGAUCUGUUUCCACGUUGGAACCUCUGAUCCAGGCCGCUAAGCUGUUGCAGAUGAACAAGAAGACUUCUCAAGACGCAGAGGCCAUUUGCUCACUCUGUAACUCUCUUAGUUUACAGCAGAUUGUGAAGAUACUAAACUUGUACACACCACUCAAUGAGUUUGAAGAAAGAGUCACUGUGUCUUUCAUCAGAGACAUACAGAAUCGCCUCCAGGAUCGAGUAGACAACCACCAACUGCUGGUGGACACUAAGCACACUUUCCCCGUGCUCUUCCCUUUCACGCCAUCUGCACUCAGUUUGGAGACCGUUCACAUCCCCGCAUCCCUCAGCUUAGACUUCCUCACACGGGUUUGAGAUCUCAAUCUCUCUGUUUUACUCUGAGCUCCACUGAGUCGUACCCAUGGCCUGCGGAAAGGAGCAAAGGCCCAUCGCAGACUGCUAACACCCAUACUAACAUCACCAAAUGUGUGGCUGGGAUUUACAUUAUCAGCAUGUAAAAGACGGACAAUUUCCCUGACCGACUAACUAUGGUGUAGUGCUGUAGUUUCUGUGUGUGUGUGUGUGUUCAGUGUUGUGUGAUGUAAAUAAGCUGUCUGCCUUUUCUUUUUUGUAACAUCCAACCAACCUUUUUCCUGGGUUCUUGUUGUUUAAUAUGACCAACGAAAUACAAGCAAGGCUGUAGGCCUUUCAAAAAAAGUUAAAACACUAUAUAUAUAUAUAUGGAUCGGGAUGUGUUCAUCUUUCACUAAUUUGUAUGAUUACAUAAAUUAAUAUAUGAUGGGCUUUGGGCUACUGACAUAAAACACUAAUGCAGGAUUUAUGUGUCUGAACGCUGAUGUAUCUGUAUUAAUAAGCACUAUUUUUUUAUUGUAAUGGAAAAGUGUAUUUUAUCAUCCUUGCUUGUGCCGAAACAGACACUCUCAUCUCAGAAACAUGGGCUUCCAAUGAAGAGCAGCACCAUUGUCCCGUUCACCUCCUGAUUUUUUCUUUCCCUAGGCGGACUAGAAUCCCAACCGGCUGCCAAGAUUCAUUCUCACAACUUCUAGCAAUUGAAAAAAGCAAUUCUCUGCAUUGCAGUGACUGUGGCCAGUAACCAAUCUGGAUCAGUCUUGACUCUAUAUGCUUGCUUUUUUUUACUGUGGCUAUGGUGACUCCUGUUCUGUUGGACAAUCGAAUGCAAAGACUUGAGCUAUGUCAUGGGCCAACAAAGCAGGGCCGAUCGGCUCUCCUGAUGGAUAUGGCAAGUUGAAGUAUGUGGAGCAGGAAGUGUGAGGACGUUGAGGGGAUAUUUAAUGUUCUGUCAAACACUUUGUGGUGGUUGUUUUUAAGGGGAAUCUAGAAUGUGCUGGAGUGUUAAGAGACAUGAUAUGUAAGCUGAGAGGAGUUAUACAAUGCAAAACGCCCUCCGAACUCUUUUUAUAGAAACAUUUUACUUUGCACAGCUCUGUAAAUAAGUGUGCAAUUAAAUAGCAAUAAUCACAAGCACUGUUUACUUCAAAAACUAUAAGAAAAUAAUUUUUAUAUGAUGGAUUUUUCCCCUUUUGUAUGUUGAAAAUCAGGAAUGCCAAUAGAGUGGCUUGUUCUGCAUGUCAAUUCAGGAGAGUUUUUAUUUUAAAACAUUCAUGUAUCUUUCAGUUUAAAUAAGGUUUCUGUGUUACCAGCCUAACGAAACUAUAACAUGGUUUCUAUGACUAGUAGCCUGUCAAAAUGUACACCACUGUCAAUUUUACAUGUAUCUCACUCCUUCUGUGGAUAUCACUUUCUGAAUUGAUAUAGUUCUUGGUGCCAAUAAAGGACUGUGUAUUUUCAUA